UUAUUAGAUGUGGAAUGGAAUCCUGGUUUCCUCUCUUCCUGCUUCAUUUCAUUCUCUCGUCCCCCCACAGAGCCUCACUUCAUCUCGGCCUACGACAUCGGGCUCUUCACCUUCUUCUUCCUGCGGGAGAACGCCGUGGAGCACGACUGCGGGAGGACGGUCUACUCCCGCGUGGCUCGGGUCUGCAAGAACGACAUGGGGGGGCGCUUCCUGCUGGAGGACACCUGGACCACCUUCAUGAAGGCCCGCCUCAACUGCUCCCGCUCCGGGGAGAUCCCCUUCUACUACAACGAGCUGCAGAGCACCUUCUACCUGCCCGAGCAGGACCUCCUCUACGGCAUCUUCACCACCAACGUAAAUAGCAUCGCGGCGUCCGCGGUGUGCGCCUUCAACCUGAGCGCCAUCACUCAGGCCUUCAACGGGCCCUUCCGCUCCCAGGAGAACCCCCGCUCCACCUGGCUGCCCACCCCCAACCCCAUCCACAACUUCCAGUGUGGAACCAUCGAGGACAAGGGACCCAACGAGGGUCUGACGGAGCGCAGCCUGCAGGACGCCCAGCGGCUCUACCUGAUGAACGACGUGGUGCAGCCCGAGUCCACCGACCCGCUCGUCAUGCAGGACGACGUGCGCUUCUCCAGCCUGGUGGUGGACAUCGUGCAGGGCAUGGACACGCUGUACCACGUCAUGUACAUCAGCACGGAAUACGGCACCAUCCUGAAGGCGCUGGCUACGCCCAACAAGAACCUCCAGGGCUGCUACCUGGAGGAGAUGGAGGUCCUCCCUGCGGGGGCCCGAGAGCCCAUCCUCAGUCUGCAGAUCCUGCACAGCGACAGGUCGCUCUUUGUCGGGCUCAACGACCGAGUCCUGAAGAUCCCGCUGGAGAGGUCCUCCUACAGGACGGAGACGCCGUGCUUGGAGGCGAGGGACCCGUACUGUGGCUGGGACUCUCGGCAGCGGCGCUGCACCACGCUGGAGGAGAGCACCGACAUGAGCCAGUGGAAGCAGAACAUCUCUGUGUGUCCGCUGCGCAACCAAACCAUCGACGGCGGCUUCGGACCCUGGGCGCCGUGGCAACCUUGCAACAACGACGACGGCGCGGACGGCGUGAGCGCCUGCUUGUGUCGCUCCAGGUCAUGUGACAGCCCCGCCUCCCGGUGCGGAGGCAGGAACUGCGAGGGGCCCGCCAUCGAGGUCUCCAACUGCUCCAGAAACGGAUGCUGGACGCCGUGGUCGUCAUGGGGACAGUGCAGCACGACCUGUGGGACGGGCUUCGAGCUGCGGCAGCGGUCCUGCAGCAACCCGGCGCCGCGUCACGGAGGGCGCGUGUGCGUGGGGCCGAGCCGGGACGAGAGGUUCUGCAACGAGGGCACUUCCUGUCCUCAACCCGUCUUCUGGUCUCCAUGGGGGUCCUGGACCAAGUGCAGCACAGAGUGCGGCGGGGGGGUCCACUCCAGGGUCCGGACCUGUGAGAAUGGGAACAGCUGCCCAGGAUGUGCUCUGGACUACAAGGCCUGCCACCUGGAGGCGUGUCCGGAGGUGAAGAGGAGCACGCCGUGGACCCCCUGGAUGCCGGUCAACGUGACGCAUGGUGGAGCCCGCCAGGAGCAGAGGGUGCGUUACCUGUGCCGAGCUCACCUGCCCGACCCCCACGAGCUACAGAUCGGACGCAGGAAGGUGGAGACGCGCUUCUGCCCCAACGACGGCACGGCGGCCUGCGAGACGGACGUGCUUGUGGAGGAGCUCCUGAAGACGCCGUUGGUGAGGGGGGGGGCCGGCUGGUCGUCGUGGGAGACCUGGUCCAGCUGCUCUCAGAGCUGCUCCAAAGGCUACCGGACCCGCCGGAGGAGCUGCUCCGGGCCGGAGGGGAAGAGCCCCCCCGUGGCCUGCCGGGGGUCCCCCGUGGAGUACCAGGACUGCAACGUCCAGGCGUGUCCUGGUGAGAACGGCGUCCAGUCAGGCUUCUCAUUAUGAAUAUAUAACAGUGACGAUGACAAAUGAUUUCAUUUCUGUAGCACGAUAGAAGAUAGAUAUAUUUAUA